CUUAGAUGCUGUGGGAAUGUAAUCUGCGUGGCCGAAUCGGGUUUCUUUUUCAUUGAAUACUAAAUCUCCGCACACCAAUAUGUCGCCUUUUAUUAAUUUGGCGGUUCUCAUCACACUGACGCAUUUGGCAAACAGCGUUGAGCUAGGCCAAAAGUGUUUCGAUGACAUUGGAUGUUUCUCUAUGGUCAAUCCAUUCAAUGGACUGAAACUACAAGGAGAUCUGUCACUAGAAAGACUGAACACAGUGUAUUCGCUGUACACACGUACGAACAAAAAUGCACCAAUCAACCUUGCAGCCACCAAAGUCAAAACCAGUCUUCAAAAAGUAUGGCCAGGAUUUGCAAAACGUCCCACAAAAAUUAUUGUUCAUGGAUACUCAGAUGGGGUCAACAAAACAACCUGGCAAAAAGAAAUGAAAAACGAACUACUAGCACAAGGAGAUUAUAACGUAAUUCUUGUCGACUGGUCUGUCGGCGCCGAUGAAUUUUACACAUCUGCUGCAUUCACCACGAUCAUUGUGGGGAAACAGACGUCAACUCUCAUAAAUGCAAUUAUUAGGACACAUAAUGUUCCGGCAAAAGACUUCCACAUCAUCGGCCACAGCCUGGGUGCUCAUGUUGCUGGGAACGCUGGUCAGGGAGUUGUCGGCCUUGGGAGGAUUUCAGGUCUGGAUCCAGCAAGUCCACUGUUUUCUGAUCUUUCGAAUGCAGUUAGACUUGACCCUACUGAUGCUUCGUUUGUGGACGUUAUCCACACAUAUAUAGGAGUUUUAAUUCCAGAUUCAGGUAUCGGAAUAACUGAUCCUAUGGGUCAUGUUGACUUCUACCCAAAUUCUGGAUAUAACCAGCCUGGCUGCUUCGACUCCACAAUAAAAUCAAUCAAAGAUUCUGGAUUGAGCGGUGCGAUGGAAGCGUUUAAAUGCAGUCACAAUCGCGCUUACAAACUGUUCACAGAGAGCAUCAACUCCAGAUGUCGCUUCAAGAGUUAUCCCUGUGCUAAGAAGAUUAGUUUGUGGUUCGGACUCUCUGUGAAAAUUAACUUACCUUCGGAGUUUGGGCUGCUGUGUAACAGUUGUGACGGGAAUGGCUGCGCAAACAUGGGAUUCUGGGCGGACAAAAACAGUGAACCCGGAAUAUACUACUUGAAGACAUCUGGUCAAGCUCCAUAUUGUUUAAGUUAAUAACGUAAAGAAAAAGCAUCUUGGGUUCA